AUGAAGAUGAUGCCAGAUGAUGAAUUUGAGCAGAUGGUGUUUGAUAGAGAUGACUCCAGUUCAGACAUGGAGACGGAGGGACAUAACUUUGAGCUGAAGAGUCGUGCAGCCCCAGAGGGGAGACCCAAGCCUACCGUGCCAGGAAAGGGUCGGGUGAGGCGUGCGGUCGAAGUCCUGGAAAGCAAAGCAAAAACUAAGUCUCCGGCAGCGGUAUGUGUUGGGAUAGCGGAUCUUGAGGAUACACAGAAGGAGGUGCUAGCUGGGGGCCUACAUCUCAAUGAGUACGGCUCAAAUGAUGGUCACCUGUUGCUGGGAUCACGGAAGCAGCCAUUUCUAGAGCUGGAGGAUGAUUAG